AUGGUUCACGUAUGGCAGCAAGCACAAUGUCUCCUUUUUCUUCCCUUUGUAGUGGUAUUUAAUGGGAAUUGGGUGAUUGCUGCACCUGGUCGAGAGUUCCAAAUUCUUGGUGAUUCUGAGAAAAUUACCGGAGCAGACGGUGAACCAAUCGAUCUGCUAGUUUCAUCGCGUGCAGGUAAAAAACAAAAUGACCAACGGUUGUUUGGGACGUUUUCGGCCGCGGGAAGAAAUUACGAGACUUCUGGAGAUAUUGUGCAACAAUUAUUUUCAGCGUAG